AGAGGGAAGGGGGCACAAUAUUUCAAAUUUUCGAAGAAAUGGCCCUCCACACUCGAUAAUCCCUCUCCCCACCUUCCAUUCUUUGCCCACCUUUCACUUGAGCUUUCAAAUUCGCAAACCUCCAAAAUCUCCUUACGCAAUUUGCAGUCUCAUACCAACACGAAAUGGAAAGGGAAAGGGAAAAGGAAAAGGAAAACGAAAUCGAAUCCAAUGCUUCAGCUGUCCAAGUGAAAGGCGUUCCAAUCCAUGGCGGAAGAUUCAUUCAGUACAACGUCCUCGGCAACCUCUUCGAGGUCCCAUCCAAAUACGCACCGCCGAUUACUCCCGUCGGCCGCGGCGCUUACGGUCUCGUUUGCUCUGCUACCAAUGCCGAGACGAUGGAGGAGGUGGCGAUUAAGAGAAUCGCGAAUGCGUUCGAUAACAGGAUUGAUGCAAAACGGACUCUGCGCGAGAUCAAGCUGCUUACACACAUGGAUCAUGAAAAUGUUAUCAAAAUUAAGGAUAUUAUUCGACCACCAGAUAAAGCGGAUUUUAAUGAUGUUUACAUUGCUUACGAGUUAAUGGAUACUGAUCUACACCAGAUAAUAUGCUCGACGCAGGAACUAACUGAGGAUCAUUGCCAAUAUUUCCUGUAUCAGUUACUGAGGGGGCUUAAAUAUGUUCAUUCUGCUGGUGUUCUCCACCGAGAUCUGAAGCCCAGCAAUUUACUCCUGAAUUCUAACUGUGAUCUCAAGAUUUGUGACUUUGGACUUGCAAGAACCAGCACAGAGACAGAUUUAAUGACCGAGUAUGUUGUAACCCGAUGGUAUCGAGCUCCUGAAUUAUUACUCAACUGUUCCGAGUAUACUGCAGCAAUAGAUAUGUGGUCAGUUGGUUGCAUAUUGAUGGAGAUCAUUAAAAGAGAACCUCUUUUCCCGGGCAAAGACUACAUCCAGCAGCUGGGGCUGAUAACUGAGCUAUUGGGUUCCCCAGAAGAUUCUGAUCUUGGAUUUUUAAGGAGUGAGAAUGCUCAAAGGUACAUCAAGCAGCUUCCUCAUGUACCCAAGCAACCCUUUUCUGAGAAGUUUCCAGGUGUAUCCCCUGUCGCGAUAGAUCUUGCAGGGAGGAUGCUCGUGUUUGAUCCAGCUAAACGUAUUUCUGUUGAGGAAGCACUGAAUCAUCCAUUUUUAUCAAGUCUCCAUGAGAUCAACGAGGAGCCUACUUGCCCUUCUCCCUUUGUGUUCGAUUUUGAACAAUCGUCCUUAAGUGAAGAGGACAUAAAGGAGCUAAUACUGGUGGAGUCUCUCAAGUUCAACCCAGAAUAGUCAUGACGUCUGUUUUCCUUGGUUUUUACGGCUUCUUGUUUGUCUUGGUUUAGUGUAGAUAGGAGAUUUGCAUUUGUUAAGUGUGUUUAUGGUUUUGUAUAAGAUGUAUUCCUAUAUCUGUCUUCAGAAAAUAUCGGGAAGGGGAACUCCAAGAAUCCUGUAAGGGAAAAUCGAAAGAGUUGGUCGUGUUGUAAUUGAUUUUGCUGUUUGUUGAUUGCUGAGUAUCAUAAUGAGAAUUGUUGGGCA